AUGCCGCCGGCCGAAAAAGCCACUCACACGCGCCGUUACAGAUCCGCAGUCGCAUGUCAGGCCUGCCGCCAACGAAAGGUUCGAUGCAGCUGGUCGAUCACCGGUGUACCUUGCGCUGGAUGUGCACAGGACGGCUCGCAAUGUAUCGUGGAUAGAAAGGCCAAAAGUGCCAAGACAGGAAGUCAAAUAACAACUCAUCAUCAAGACCAUUCUUCUGACUCUGCUCCCUUAAAUUCAACAGUGGGAAUCGACCAUGAACCUGCCGUUGACAUUGUUGAUGAAAGUCCACAAAUCGACUUGAUGAGGAUUGACUUGGGACAGUCCGCCCCUGAGUUCAACGACCUACAAUAUGAAGAAGGCGACCGCUCCGAUAGGACAGCCAAAGCCUUGGGUCAACAACGCAGAGUUGGCGAAACUUACUUUUAUACUGAUGAUCGAAUCGAUCCCACCUCCGUCCACCAUACUUGCUAUACAGAGCAAUCAGUACCGAAGUCCUUUCUGACCCCAACAGUCGUAACAGAGCUGUCAGAUGAGGAUCGCGACUUUCUUGCGAAAAAGGGCGUAUAUAGCCUACCCAAAAGUGAGACAUGUGAUGCCCUUGUUGCAGCAUAUUGUCUCUACGUUCACCCCAUCGUGCCCGCCAUUGAGGUAGAUGAUCUUCUGGUACAUCACCGAGCUGGAAAGCUCCACGAAUACAAUCUUUGUCUUCUAUGGAGUAUUUUCUCAGCAGCAGCGAAUUUCAUUUCGAGUGACUCGUUCAAAGCAGAGGGGUAUGCAUUCAGAGUGGUUAUGAAGAAUACGUACUACUCACGCGCAAAAUGCAUGUACAGGAAUGGUAACGAGAGAAGCAAAAUCGUUCUUUUGCAAUCGUCUCUACUCCUGGGAUUAUACCAUGCAGAUAUCGACGAAUAUAACCAACCUUGGUACUGGACAGGCAUUGCAAUAAGCUCCUGUCAAAUCCUCGGUCUGGAUCACAAUAACGCGUCUUCAAAAAAUAGCUCAUCGAUAACUGACCGGCAAAGGUCUUUCUGGCGCCGCCUUUGGUGGAGCUGCUUCUUCCGAGAUCGCUGGCUUAGCCUUGCUAUGGGCACGCAUGCUCGAAUUAAGCUCGAGGGCUGUGACACCCCAUUCCCGUCACCGGAUGACCUACUUUAUGAUGUUGUUGGUCUGCAAGAAGAUACUGCUCGCGCUUAUAUGCCCGGUGACAUGAAGCGAUUAGCCAAGUAUUGGGUAAUGCUCAUCUCACUGACUCGCCAAUUGGGCGAUGUGCUGGAUAUUAAGCACCAAAAUCUUCGUCCCAGGUUAUCCUGCCAAGAGAUCAAUGCUUUUGAGAAGCGAUUAACACAAUGUGAUCUCCCCGAUCAAUAUGAAGCAGGCUUAACGAGGGUUUCAAGAUUCUAUUCAAACCAUGUCCACCUGCACUACCAGGCUUUGAUCAUCACAUUUUAUUGUUCAUUUGGCAUUCAAAACCCGCUCGAUCUUCAACUUACGGAAAAUGGAGAUUGGCAACAUCGAAUGAGGCUUAGGGCUAACGCUGCCGCGUGUCGAACAAAUGAGAUCUUGGGGACCCUUGUUCAGGAAAGGUUACUUCAAUUUGCUGGGGCUAUGACAGCUUCACUUCUCAUUCCCGCCAUGCAAACAUACCUGCAGCAAUGCAAAUUUGGUAACGAUCUUUCCAAGAGGGUGGGACUUAACAAACUUGAAGUCUGCAUGCUUGUUAUGGAAGAGCUCCAGGAAGUCUACGCAGUUGCCUCGAUGUAUCGCCGUCUCUUCACGAAAGCGAUAGACCAGAUAUUCCCGGGAUAUCUGGCCCCAACGACGAAACCAAAUACGGCUGACAUCAACAUUGUCCAGGAAGACGUUGUGCGAAAACAGGGUUCUAACGAUGGUGUACUGUUUAGUGAUGCAGAAGCUUUGGAUUCGGAUAGUGGUAAUUUGAUAAAUCCACUAAUGGAAGAAGUCUUGUUCAGGGGCUUCUGGGCGAAUACAGAGUAG